AUGGACAGUUUGGUGCCGAUAAGAAACUACCAAAAGACGGAUGCUACGCAACUACUUCGGUAUACCGAGAAACUGUUCCAACAUGGCAGGUUUCAUCAGUUUUUAACCCCUCAACAACUCAUUGUCUUGGGCAAGAUCAUAAGGAUACAGGAUCCCGCUGAAAAAGACAGGGUUUGGGGUGAACUUAUAUGUGGUAAUAUAGUAUUAGAAGUGAUAAUAACUGCAAACGGCCGGAUAUCAGAAGGCGUCGGUCAACCCAAUUUUAGAAAUGAUGCAACGGGUAGCGCCGGCUUCAAUGACCAGGAAACUAGAAUCGGGGAAAAAGAUAACACAACCGUCAAAGGAGUAAAUCAAACGGGUCAAUCCAACUUAAACGCUGCAUAUAAAACACAGACCAUCGACACGCCAAAAAAUCAAGAUGAAAUUUCGUUAGAGACUGAUUUCUCAGAGGUUGACCUGGAGAAUCUGCAACAACAAAUGAGUGGCGCAGACUUCAUUGGAAAUCUGUCAUUGAAAAUCAGGUAUGUUCUGUGGGAGAAUGCCAUAGAUUCUUUGUGCCACAACAUCGAGCCAGGGGAAGAUGAUCCACCAUUCCUUGGUAUUACCCACAACGACGGUGGCCAGCCUGGAACCGUGACUGAGGGAGAAGAGCAAAGAGAAAAAGUUGAUGUACGAAAGGUUGAAGAAGAAGAGGAUUACGACGACGACUAUGAUGACAAAGAUAUCGAGGAUGGUAAACCCUUUAAAGAGGUCGAUCUGGAGGCCACCGAAACCCAGACGUCAUACGAUGACAAUGGCCGUCUCAUCUUUAAAUUAGAGAUUUCUAUUGAUACCCUGUCGAUAUUGGGCGUUACAAAUACUCAAGUGAUAUUUGAGGGCUUCAAUAGAAUAUAUCAUAACUUUGAGAAUGAUCGCGAAACACUUCUCAAGAGACUCAAGCUCGAAGAAAGUGACAAACUUCUGGAAACCUCCAGGAAAAGAACUUUCAAUGAGACUGGGGAGUCUCCAGAGAAGGAAGGAGAAGAGAAGAUGUUCGUAGACGCAGCUUCCAAAAAGGCCAAAGUGCAACAAGCCGAAAAUUCGUCAUUGGCUGUGAACCUCGGCUCUGCCAACCUAUCUUUAAAGCACUUACUUGCUACAAUUCAAGAUAACAAAGCGAAAUUAAACAUUUCUGACUAUGAGCUACGGCAUUUAAUCAUGGACGUGAGAAAAAACAGGUCAAAAUGGGCCUCGGAUGACAAGAUAGGUCAAGAAGAAUUAUACGACGCUUGUGAAAAGGUGGUGUUGGAACUUCGGAACUUUACAGAGCAUUCAACUGCAUUUCUCAACAAGGUCAGUAAAAGAGAGGCUCCAAAUUAUUAUCAAGUUAUCAAGAAGCCCAUGGAUCUUAAUACAGUCUUAAAAAAGCUCAAAACAUACCAGUACAACUCGAAACAAGGUUUUGCAGAUGACAUUAUGUUGAUUUGGAAAAAUUGUUUAACCUACAAUUCAGAUCCCAAACACUUUCUUAGAACUCACGCUAUCGCAAUGCAAAAGAAGUCUUUAUUGCUAAUCCCUUUAAUUCCUGAUAUUACUAUCAGAGAGAGGUCGGAAGUAGAAAAGGAGCUCGACGACAUAGACAAAGAAGAUGACAAAGACGACGAAGUUGAAGAAGAGCUAUCGGGAACUGGUAGAAAAGGAGGAAACGUCCGUGGAAUUAAACAUAACUCAGAAGAGCAGUCAGGUAAGGAAAAUGACGUGAAUGAGGAAGUUGAGACACUCAGCGGCGGUGGAGAUGGAGAGUCAGCGGAAGGGGAAGUGCAACAUAAGGUCAAGGAUGCUGUCAAUGGCGGCACAAAAGAAGAAGCGCACCUCAACGGAAAGGGACGGAUGCCGGACCUUGAAUCUGAAGGAGAAGCUCAGCAUGAGCCGAAAGCUGAGAGGGACAUGGACAGCAAAGUUAAUCAAGCUGAAGACCCGGACGAUCAUUCAUCUGAUGUGGAGGAAAACAGUAACAAUGUUAAUCGGGGUGUAGAAAAUGGUCAACAUGAUGGACGAGAGGAAAAUAGCCAAAGCUUGGCGAUAGCUGAGCGGGAUAACGAUGAAGAAGAUGAGGAAGAAGAUGAAGAGGAGGAGGAAGAUGGUGAACUGGGAUCAGAUAUGUAUCUGGUGGAGAAAGACGACGAUAAAGAUGAUUUGGAAUUUUCAACAUGGAAGAAUUCAACAGCAAGUGUUCGCGCAGAGCUCUGUAUUGAACGUGCGAAUCUAUUUAGGGGUAAUGCUCUGAAUACAAAGGCUCCCGCAAUACUUCGAAAUCCUGGAAAGAUGAAGGAUUUUAAUCAGCUUUUGAGAGAGUAUAAAGAUCAACAAGAAGCCGAGCUACAGCGACGGAAGUUAGAACAGGAAUCAAUAAUGAAAAAUGGGUUUGGUACUGUCGUUAAGCAGGAGGACGAAGAAAAUUCUAUAAUUCAGCCACAACAAUCUCAACAUAUGCAAAGCGAUUGUGAUGUGGAAAAAGGCUCUUCAGAAAUCGAGCUCGAUGAUGCAAACUUUUUGACCGAGUACAAUGUCGCCAACGCCGUCCCUAUUAUCGGAUAUAAGGGUGUGGACGAGGAAAGCAUGGAUAAGGAAGAGGCUCGGGCCGUUGAAAAAAUUUUGGCAGACGGUGUAUUACAGGAUAGUGCAUAUUUGGCGAAUAAGGAUAAGGGUUUGAAUCCAAAAAUGAACGUCAAUAUCCAAUUGAUACAGGAGAUAAGACACAUUUGUCAUAAAAUUGCAUUAAUACGGAUGCUCCAGAAUCCCCAAAAUCCGUCACAACAGGGUAAAGGUGGCCCAAACAAUCCUAACAAUCAAAUUUGGGACAGUCACAAGUAUAAGUUUACAUUGAUAGACGAAAGUAUUGAUUUGGACCCCGUAUCACGUCUAGCUACAAGGAAUAAAAAACAUGACAAACAUCUGGCCCACCGCUUGAUGCACAAAAACAUUUCACGGAUUGCCAUGGCCAAUGGCUUUGAAAGUACUCAGCCCAUGGCCAUCAAUAUGCUAACUGAAAUUGCUGGAGAAUAUCUUUCAAAUACUAUAAAGACUAUUAAGAUUCAUCACGAGAGUACGUCGCUAAAUCCCAAGAAACCAUAUGAAAUUCUUCAGAUGUCUCUCUUCGAGAAUGGGAUAAAGAAACCCGAUGAUUUAUUCUCAUAUAUGGAAGCCGAGUUCGUCAAGAAGAACAACAAACUGAAGGACAUCAAGCUCAAGCUCAAUAGCUUCCUGAAAGAGCUUUUGCGUCCAACAUUACAAGAUCUGUCAGAAAGGAAUUUUGAAGACGAGAGUCAAAGCUUUAUGACUGGUGAUUUCUCGAGCGAGAUUACAGGUGAGGACUUUUUCGGAUUUAAGGACUUGGGUCUUGAUCGCGAAUUUGGGGUACUGAGUAAUUCUGUUCCAAUGCAGCUUUUGACCUUUCAGUUCCAAGGGAAAGGGGCCGAGGACAAGAUACAAGACAAAAAAAUUCAACCCGAGGAGUUCAACGACGUCUCUUAUGCCGACGUUACCACGAGUUCUAUUCAUGAAAAUAAAUUCUGGAAUACCUUGCGGCCCCUCCUAGAAAAAGCCUACAGUCGGUUCAAAGCUCACUGUGCAAAGAACGGGAAAUCGAAGCUAACAGAAGACCCUUCAGCUAAAAAUUUGGAUUAUCAAGUUCUUGCGGAAGAUGACGAUUUGCCUUCGAAAUCAAAAUCAGGACGACCUCGAUUACCGCCGACCGGGAAAAUCAGCACAAAUUAUAGAAAGAAAAACAUCUCGGAUGCUUUUUUUGCACCCGAUAUUACCCCCUUUCCCGGACAACUUAAUGAGGGAGAUGCCAAAGCUGAAAACCAGCACUCACUGCCAUAUUCGCAGGAAAAAAGCUCAAGAUCAGAGCUCAACACCGAAGGGUCUGCUCCAUUUACCUUGAACCUGCCAAAAAUUGUUGAAAAGUGA